ACAGAAAACUGAAACUGUUUUCUCCAUUUCUCUCUGAAAUUCUUUAGAAGAAAGAUGAACACAAAAGGCAGUGUUACAGUCUUAUUCCUCUGUUUCCUGACUCUGUUCCCUGACUUAACAGACUGUAGCACAUGUCAGAAAAAUAUAUUAGAAGGGGACAAUCUCACCUUUAAACUGACUGACAGGCCGCUUAAGGAUGAUGAUCGAUUCACUAUAAAAAAAGACAAUAAAGCGGUAGUCCGCAAAAAGAAUAACAAACAAGAGGGACUAGGGAUCGUCAAAAAUGAUUCCCUGGAGCUCCAACAUGUGAACCUGAGCAAUUCUGGGACAUACGGUGUUGAGGUAUUUGAUGUGAAUGGCACCAACUUAAAAUCAUACUCAGAAAUCAUCUGUGUUUAUGCAAAAGUCCCAAAGCCAAGAGUGAAUAUUACAUGUCAGGAUGAGAAAGUUGACUUCAGAUGUGAUGUUGAAGUUGACAAAGAUCAAAGAUCAGCUAUAUCUUACAGCUGGCACAAAAAUGGGAAAGAAUUCAAGAAGAACGUAUUUAACUUCUCAAUAAAUGCAGGGGAGGAUAAAUCAGUGUAUACAUGUACUGCCCAGAAUCCAGUUCAUAAAAGCACAAGUGAUCCAGUGGAAGCAGCAUGUUUCAAGCAUGCAGUCUUUGGCAUUGACACAAAGUGGCACAAGGUCCGCAUCAUAGCAGGUGCAGGAGGUUUCGUAUUGUUAUUUGUGCUGAUAAUUGUAGUGGUGACUGUUGCCUGUUGUGCCUGCAGACUCAAAGAGGAACAACAGCGAGUUACAGAUGAAGAAGCGUUAAGAACGAACAAUCUACACAGCGUCACUCAAUAACUUCCAACCCACACCUCUUGAUCACUCGUGUUCAGUAACAGCUUUGUAACAGAUCCUUGUCAGCGUCACAGUGGAUCCAUACACUGUCCUGGGAAAACUGGGCAUGAUGUAGGAACAUGUUUAAAAUAACAUCAAUAUCUAGCAGAUGCCUACCAUUAAUAAUUUUUAAAAAAGCAGAUAAUAUAAGAAAUUUAACAGUACUAUUAUUAUUUUUUUAACUUUAUAUUUAUAAUCCUGUAUAUUUUGUUCAUUUCUUUAUUACUUUGUAGGGUAGAGCCAGCACAAUUCUAAUUUUCUCUAAAUACACAUGUAAUGUCUUUAUUUCCAUGUAGGCAUGUGGUUUUCCAGUCGCAGGUGAAAUUUAUAAGGUCACGGUUGCAUUUUUUGGGCUACUUUCAGAAUUGAUCACAGCUGUUGUUAAAAAAACAUUAAACAGCUGAAAAGCAAAAAUAAUUGUCAUGUGUUGAAGUCAGAAGUUUACAUACACUUAGGUUGUAGUCAUUAAAACUCUUUCUUUAUAACCAAUUCACAGAUUUCAUACUAGCAAAUUAAAGUUUUGGCAUUUAAGACAUGACAUAUGUGUGCAUGAUAUGAGGAAUUUUUACAAUUGUUUACAGAUUGUUUCACUUUUACUUUGACUAUAUCACAAUUCCAGGGGGUCAGAAUGGGUUUACAUACACUAAGUUAACUGUUCCUUUUAACAGCCUGGAAAAUUCCCCAAAAUGAUGCCAAGCCUUUAGGCAAAUAGCCAAUUAGCUUCUGAUAGAUUGUAUUUUAAGGGCUACCUUCAAACUCAGUGCCUCUUUGCUUGAAAUCAUGGGAAAGUCAAAAGAAAUCAGCCCAGACCUCAGAAAAAAAGUCUGGUUUAUUGUUGGGAGCAAUUUCCAAAUGCCUAAAGAUACCAAAUUCAUGUGUAUGCAAGUAUAAAUAUCCUUGGACUAUGCAGCCAUCAUACUGCUCUGGAAGGAGAUGCAUUCUGUCUCCUAGUGAUGAACAUAUUUUGGUGAGAAAAGUGCAAAUAAAUCGCAGAACAACAUCAAAGGACCUUCUGAAGAUGCUGGAUGAAACAGUUAGACAAGUAUCUAUGUCCAAGGUAAAACAAAUUCCUAUCGAGUUUGCAUGUGCACAUGGGGGAAAAGAUUUUACUUUUUGGAGAAAUAUCCUCUGGUCUGAUCACACAAAUGUGUAACUGUUUGGCCUUAAUGACCAUCGGUAUGUUUCUAGGAAAAAGGUGAGACCUGGAAACUGAAGAACACCGUGAAGCAACAUGUUGUGGGGGUGCGUUGCUUCACUAGGGACUGGUGCACUUCAAAAAACAGAUGGAAUCAUGAGGACCAACAGUUCAAGGCAUAAGCCAUUAAGUUAAAGCUUGGUCACAAAUGGGUCUUCCAAACAGACAAUCACCCCAAGCAUACCUCCAUAGUUGUGGCAAAAUGGCUUAAGGACAACAGGGUCAAGGUAUUGGAGUGGCCAACACAAAGCCUUAUCAAACACAAAUGCUUUAUCUUGUGUUAUAAUCUUUAAAAAGUUCUUGUAUGUUUCUUUACAGUUUUAAGCACUGUGUGAAAGGUGUUUUAUACCCAACCCCCAACCCUGUCAACAUGAGGUGAACGUGCUAACCACUAAGCCACUGUGCACCUUGUUACAAUCUUAUGUUAUUGUGAGAUUUAUUUCUCUGUUUUAUAUUAAUUAUUUCUCUGAUUUAUAUUAUAUUUAUUUUAUUUUAAAUGUUUAUGUGCGAUUAGGCUAAUUUAUGUUAUGAGUCAUUUAUAUUUCAAUAGAAUUGUGUUGAGUAUGAGAAGUAGUGCUGUGGCGCUUGUGCGAGUGAUGCACUGAGUUCAUGUUGCGGUCGGGGGACAUGCGCAAGAGGAGAGUGCCAAAAAGUUCAUGUCAGUGACUCAAUGAGGAAAUGUAGCUCUGACAAUAAAGUUAGUAAAAGCUUUAUUUCUAAGUGUGUAUGCCUGCAUUAUUCAAACCCGUUUAGAGAUUGGACCUUCGCAAGUUCUCCUUAACCGCUCUUACAUUAUUUUAUGUUCCUUUACAGUUUUAAAGUUUUAAGCACUGUGUGAAAUAUGCUAUAUAUAAAUAAAGUUUAAAUAAAGUUCGGUUUAUUCAACCUAGUCUGAAAUACUCAGCAAGUUCAACCUGACAUGUGUUUAGACAGGUACAGACAGUUUGUUUUUGCCUUCAGCAAAGAUCCUUUUCCAACCACAGGAUCACUUUUAGCUGGGUAUUUUUUUCCUUUAAGCACAGACCACGUAACCAUCAUUGAUGUGUAAAAGUUCAAGCAGCACAGCAUACACUCAUCUCAGUAUAGUAUUUACAAUCAUUUGUGAAAAAUAAGUACACCACAUGGAAAUGGUUGUUUUUUUUUUG